AUGCGCUUGACAUGGCUGCUUUUGCUGGUCGAGGCGUGGGCCCAGCUGCCCGCCGCGGACCUGCCGAUGCCGCCCAUGGCCUCGGAGGCGAUCAUCGGGCCCACGCUGAAGGACUCCAAGAACUCCUGGCCCAAGAAGCGCCAGGUCUUACCCAAGGGCGCGCCCAACAUCCUGCUGAUCAUGAACGAUGACGUGGGCUUCGGCGCCUCCGACACCUUCGGGGGGCCCAUCCACACGCCUUCCAUGUCGCGGGUGGCCACCAAAGGCGUGACCUACAACCGGUUCCACAACACGGCCAUCUGCUCCCCGACCCGCGCCAGCCUCAUGACGGGGAGGAAUUCCCACGCCGUGGGCACCGGGCAAAUCACCGAGGCGGCCGCGGGCUUCCCGGGCUACACGGGGCUCAUCCCGAAGAGCGCCGCCACGGUGGCCCGGGUGCUGAAGGACUACGGCUACGACACCGCGGCCUUCGGGAAGUGGCACAACACCCCGGUGAACCACCUCUUCAAGACCGGGCCCUUUGAUCAGUAUCCUACGGGCUUGGGCUUCAGCUACUUCUACGGCUUCCUGGCGGCGGAGACCUCCCAAUACGAGCCCCGGUUGUUCGAGAACACCAACCCCAUCGAGCCGCCCGUUUGGAAGGACAGGCCCUACCAUCUCACGGAGGACCUCGCGGACCGCGCAGUGAAGUUCAUCAAGGACAACCGCGCCUUGACCCCGGACCGGCCCUUCUUCAUCUACUUCGCCCCCGGCGGUACCCAUGGGCCUCACCACAUCUUCAAGGAGUGGGCGGACAAGUACGCGGGGAAGUUCGACAUGGGCUGGGAGAAGCUGCGCAAUCUCACCUACGAGCGCCAGAAGACGAUGGGUUGGAUUCCCCAGAGCGCCGAGCUCACGAAGAUCGAUCCCACCAUGGAGAAGUGGGAGGACAUUCCGGAACCGCAGCGCGCCUUCCAGCUACGCCUGAUGGAGGUGUACGCGGGGUAUUUGGAGCAUACAGACACCCAGCAUGGGAAGAUCUUGGACGAGUUGGAGCGGCAGGGCCUCUUCAACAACACCUUGAUCAUCUACAUCAUGGGCGACAAUGGCGCCAGCGCGGAGGGAGUGCACGGCACCAUCGACGAGAUGCUCUUGGAGAACUCCCUGCCCUCCACGGCGGGCCAGCAGAUCGAGGUGCUCGAUAAGGAGUUUGGAGGCCUCAGCGCGCUGGGAGGCCCGCAGGUGGACAACAUGUAUCAUGCCUCGUGGGCCUGGGCGCUGGACACGCCCUUCAAGAGCACCAAGCUGGUGGCCGCCCACUUCGGGGGAACCAGGACGCCCCUGGCCAUCUGCUGGCCCAAGGUGAUCAAGCCGGACCCGAGACCUCGCAGCCAGUUCCACCACGUCGCGGACAUCGCGCCCACCAUCUACGAGGCCAUUGGCAUUGAGGCGCCCGGGCAUGUGGAUGGGGUUGCGCAGCAGAAGCUGGAUGGAAUCUCCAUGGUCUACACCUUCAACAACGCCACAGCGGAGGAGAAGAAAGCGGCCCAGUACUUUGAGGUCAUGGGGAGUCGGGGCAUCUAUAAGGACGGCUGGUUCGCCUCGGUCUUCGGGCCCCGCAUCCCCUGGAAAGACACCGACGAGGCCGCGCUGAAGAAAUGGGACCCAGACACGGAUGUGUGGGAGCUCUACGAUCUCACCAAGGACUACACCCAGGCGCACGACCUCUCCAAAGAGAUGCCCGAGAAGUUGGAGAAGAUGAAGCAGAUCUUCCUUUUGGAGGCCAGCGAGAACAAGGUGCUCCCCGUGGGUGCGGGGCUCUACACUGUGUUUUACCACCCCGAGGAGGCGCCCAAGUCUCACCUCACCGACUUCGAGCUGUACCAGGGCAUGACAAGGAUCGCGGAGUCCAAUGCGCCCUCCUUCAAAAGCGGGGUCUCCUCUGUGAGCACUGUGGACUUGGACGUGCCGGCCGAGGCCUCCGGAGUCUUGUACUGCGUGGGCGGCACUGGCGGGGGCUUCUCCUUGUACCUGGACGGCGGCUACCUCUAUGCGGAGUACAUGUCCACGUUGCUGUACCGCUACAUCGCCCGGUCUGCGGCGCCUUUGACCCCCGGGCGUCGCAAGAUCGAGGUGCGCCUCUCCUACGACCUGUCCGUUCCCAGCAUGGCCCCCCCCGCGGACUUGCGGCUCCUCGUGGACUCCCAGGAGGUGGGUUCCGUGCGGGUGGAGAAGUCCGUGCGAUUUUCCUUCGACCUGGCGGAGACCUUCGACGUGGGCACGGACUUGGGGUCCCCGGUGUCGCUGAACUACGCCAAGCGGGCGCCCUUCAGCUACCCCGCCACCAUCCACGCUGUGCACAUCAAGUACACAAAUCACACUCGCCGGAGUGUGGUGAUUUAA